CUCACCGGCCAGGCACUGGGAGCUCGCGACAGUGGUCAAAGUUGCCGAUAGCCCUCGAAUUUCGUCUACAUUCGAGCUUAUUUCGGUCCACCACGUGUUUUGCAAAAGCGCGUUGUAUGUGAGAUCAGCAUUUAUUGAACAAUGGACGCCCCAGCCGAAGGACACGUUGACCCCGAGUCCUGCAACGAAAUCGAGGACGAGAAGUCCGGCUCGGACUGCCAGUCGAUGCCCGCCUACAUGAACUCGGUCAUGCGGCGACAGUAUCUGCAGCAAAUGGUCAAGAUGCUGCCGGCUCCAGUGCAGAAUCGGAUUGUGUUCCUGAAAAACCUACAGCUGCAGCACCUGAAUAUCGAGGCCCAGUUCUUUGAGGACGUCUACAAGCUGGAGCAGAAGUACCAGGUGCAGUACCAGCCGUUGUUCGAUAAGCGCAGGGAGAUCAUCGAGGGCAAGGUGGACCCCGCCGAGGAGAAGCCCCAGUGGAAGGAACCGGAGUCGUCGACCGACAACGAGGCCGAUGCCGAGCACUUCCGCGAGGCCCUGAGCAGUUUGAAAAGUAUUCCCAAGGAUGCCAAGGGCAUUCCCGGCUUCUGGCUGACGGUGUUCCGCAACACGGCCAUAAUGUCUGAGAUGGUGCAGCCGCACGACGAGCCCGCCAUCCGCAAGCUAAUCGAUAUUUCCAUCAAGUACGACAACGGGCAUUCGUACACCUUGGAGUUUCACUUCGACAAGAACGAGUACUUCUCCAACUCAGUUCUCACAAAGCAGUACGUUUUGAAGUCCACCGUGGAUCCCAACGAUCCGUUCGCAUUUGAAGGCCCAGAGAUCUACAAGUGCACGGGGUGCACCAUUAACUGGGAGAAGAAGAUGAACCUUACUGUGAAGACCAUCCGCAAGAAGCAGAAGCACAAGGAGCGCGGCGCAGUGCGCACCAUUGUGAAGCAGGUUCCGACGGAUUCCUUCUUCAAUUUCUUCAGCCCACCAGAGGUCCCGAGCGACCAGGAGGAAGUCGACGACGACUCCCAGCAGAUCCUGGCCACCGACUUCGAAAUUGGUCACUUCUUGCGCGCCAGAAUUAUUCCAAAAGCAGUGCUUUACUACACUGGCGACAUCGUCGACGAUGAGGACGAUGAGGACGAAGAGGAGUAUGACGAGAACGAGGAGGAUGAGUACGACGACGACGAUGCACCGCCACCAAAGGGCCCCAAAUCAGCCGGUAUCAAGAAGCAGUCGCCCAACGACUGCCCGAAUCAGUAGGUUGAUGUGGCUGGAUUACACAUGUGUAAUGUAUAUACAUAAUUCAAAUUUGAUUUGAAAUAUAUUUUUGGUGAAUAAAAAUAAAAACAACAAUUACAAACGAUAUGAGCUGAACUCGAAUAAACCUACAUGAUAUUAG